AUGGUUCGUCUGAUUCUGCAGUGUCUCUUCUGGGCCUGCUUUCUGACCGCCGUCCACGCAGAACCAGCCACUGCUUGCGGAGACAAGCAAUACCCAGUAAACAAUCAUUGCUGCGACUUGUGCCCGCCGGGACAGAAACUGGUGAACGACUGCACGGAGGUCAGCAAAACAACAUGCCAGUCCUGUGGUAAAGGCGAAUUCCUGUCCACCUUCAACAGAGAGAAAUACUGUCACGAGCACAGAUACUGCAACCCCAACCUAGGGCUCCGGAUCCAGAGCGAGGGCACCUUGAAUACAGACACCACUUGUGUGUGUGUUGAAGGCCAACACUGUACCAGUCACACCUGUGAAAGCUGCAAGCCCCACAGCUUGUGUCUCCCUGGCUUCGGGGUCAAGCGGAUCGCUACAGGGGUUUUGGAUACUAUCUGUGAACCGUGCCCGGCCGGCUUCUUCUCCAAUGUGUCGUCUGCUUUUGAAAAGUGUCACCGUUGGACAAGCUGCGAGAGAAAAGGCCUGGUGGAACAACAUGCGGGGACGAAUAAGACAGACGUUGUCUGUGGUUUCCAGAGUCGGAUGAGGACCCUGGUGGUGAUCCCCAUCACGAUGGGAGUUCUGUUUGCUGUCCUGUUGGUAUCUGCCUGUAUCAGUGAGUCCCCAGGUGGGGAGGCCCUGCACCCUGAAAGGCAGGAUCCCGUGGAGACGAUUGAUCCGGAGGACUUUACCGGGCCCCACCCACCUCCUCCGGUGCAGGAGACCUUAUGUUGGUGUCAGCCGGUCACCCAGGAGGACGGCAAAGAGAGCCGCAUCUCCGUGCAGGAGCGAGAAUGA